AUGGGAUAUCUACUAAUCUUGCAAAUAGAAAGCAUAUUCUACCAUGUUCUUACAGCUAUUGGCGUUACUGUCAACUUUGUGGUGAUUGUGAUCCUGAAACGAGGGAAUUGUGGCCUUUCCAAAUGUAUCACUCGGUACCUAAUGGCAAUGAUAACAGCAGAUCUGCUACUCGUCACCAUUGAUGUUAUACUGAAUCGGAUUAAUAACAUCUAUUUCCUAAUUAUUUUUUUAUUCAUCACUCCAGUGUGUAAACUGAAAAUAGUUUUGGCUCUUGCGGCGCUACACUGUUCUGUGUGGUUCACAGUCGCUUUUAGCUUUGAUCGAUUUGUAGCCAGUUCCUGUCAGAAACUAAAAGCAAAAUAUUGCAACAAGAGAACGGCAACUGUGGUUAUAGGGACUGUGAGCGUUGUCAGCUGUGUGAGAUCCAUUCCCUGGUGCUUCGCCUUUGUUCCUUUCAUAACUAUCGACAAUAUGCCAUGGUUUUGCAUUGAAACACAAGAGUUUUAUACCUCAUCCUUUUGGAUAGCGUGUGAGAUGAUUGACAGCAUAUUAAUACCGUUGCUUCCAUUUACCCUGAUGUUGGUGUUCAACUCUAUGACUAUCAGGAACAUUAUAAUUGUCAAUCGGCUCCGGAAGGGCCUCCGACGCCAAGGCAGAUCAGAUAAUGAGAGUGACCCAGAAAUGGAGAACCGAAGGAAAUCCAUCAUUUUACUCUUUGCUUUGUCUGCCAAUUUUAUCUUGCUGUGGAUUACAUCUGGUGCACAUUCGUUAAAUUGGCAAGUUGUAAACUACAAUUUUACGAACAAAUAUUUUCGUAAUCCAGCCUAUUGUUUCCAACAAUUUGGAUUCAUGCUACGGCUUCUGAGCUCGUGUACCAACACCUGCAUUUAUGCACUAACCCUGAGUAAAUUUAGAGAGGAGUUAAAGAAUGGGCUUAAAUAUCCAUUUAUUCUAAUUGCUAAAUUAUUUGAACGGCAAUAUGAGAGCGAAUCUCAACAAUAG